UAUGACCACGACGCCGUGCGUUGUCUGUGCCGGUUGAAGAGAGACGUGCGCAGUUGGAGCCGUUUGGCGCAGCAGAAAAAUAAGGCGGCCUUCUUUCAUGUAAUCAGAGUUGUUCGUGCACAGACCAGUUUCUUGUAGUUUAAAGAAUCAGUGUUGGAUUUUAUUUGGGAGAGAUAUUGUUAGAUUCAAAACGGAACCAUGAGUUCGCUAAAUGUAAAGAAACUGAAAGUAAACGAGCUGAAAGACGAACUAAAAAAGCGUCAGCUUUCAGACAAGGGGCUGAAGGCCGAGCUAAUGGACCGGCUACAGGCCGCAUUGGAUGAAGAGGCCCUGGCUCAAGACGCCUCCGUAGAGCAGGAUACCGAAGAAAACGGGGCGGAUGGUGGAAACGGUGAGGAGAGUUUGCUAGAAGAAGUGAAGGAGGAUGAGGACGAUGUGAUCUCUAAGGGCAAAGAAGCCGAAGAGGAGCAAGGAGAUGAGGAUGGUGUAGAGGCGGACGAAACAACAGCGGCUGAAUCUGAGGACCUCGGUGACCAAGAAGAUUUUGACAUGGGUGGUGCAGAGGAGGGCGAUGGCGACGACGACGACGACCUCGGUGAAGAGGACGAUGCGAUACUGAAGGAGGACGACGAGGAUGUGGAUAAAAUCGACGAGGAAGAUGGUGAGCCGGAAUCUCAGUCGGCAGAGGGGGAUGCGGACAAAGACACCAAUGCUGAUCAGAAGAAUAAGAAGGGUGUUAAGAGACGCCGAGAGGAACAUGGAAGGGGCUACUUUGAAUUUAUUGAAGAAAGCAAAUACAGCCGGGCCAAGUCCCCCCUGCCCCCACUGGAAGAAGAGGAUGAAGAGUUUGAUGACACACUCGUCUGUCUGGACACACACAACUGUGACCUGCACUUCAAGGUGUCCCGGGAUCGUUACAGCGCCUCCUCCCUCACCAUGGAGAGCUUUGCUUACCUGUGGGCAGGUGGAAGGGCCUCCUACGGCGUGGCCAAGGGCAAGGGUGGAUUUGAAAUGAAGGUCAUUGAGAAGAUCCCAGUGAAACACAUCUCCAGCAAAAACCUUGAUAUCCAUGAGGUGCAGGUGGGCUGGUCUCUGGCCAAUGGCAGCCUUCUGUUGGGCGAGGAAGAACACUCUUUCGCCUACUCCGGCAAGGCCAAGAAGACCACUAACUGCGAGACUGAGGACUAUGGUGAAACCUUCGAUGAGAAUGAUGUUGUUGGCUGCUUCAUCAACUUUGAUGGUGAUGAAGUGGAGCUCUCCUUCUCCAAGAACGGCCAAGACCUGGGUGUGGCCUUCAAGGUCAGCAAGGAGGCUCUGGCCGGCCAGACCCUUUUCCCACACGUGAUGUGCCACAACUGUGCCGUGGAAUUCAACUUUGGCCAGCUGGAGGCGCCCUACUUCCCCGAGCCCGAGGGGUUCUCCUUCCUGCAGCAGGUGGCCCUCGACGACCGGGUCCGUGCACCCAAGGGACCAGCAAGCAAGAGCGACUGCGAGGUGAUCAUGAUGGUGGGCCUCCCUGGAUCAGGCAAGACCGUGUGGGUGAAGAAGCACAUGGAGGAAAACCCUGGCAAAUACAACCUGCUGGGCACCAACACCAUCCUGGAGAAGAUGAUGAUUGGCAGUCUGAAACGCCAGAAUAAAGACGUUACAAAGCUCACAGCCAUCUCCCAGCGUGCCCCUCUCUUCCUGGGCAAAUUCAUUGAAAUCGCUGCCCGCAAGAAGAGGAACUAUAUCUUGGACCAGACAAAUGUGUCUGCCCCUGCCCAGAGGAGGAAGAUGUGCCUGUUCGCAGGCUACCAGCGCAAGGCGGUAGUAGUGUGCCCCACAGACGAGACCUAUAAAGAGAGGACCCAGAAGAAGGCAGAGACGGACGGCAAAGACGUGCCCGAACACGCCGUGCUCAAGAUGAAGGGACUGUAUGCCCUGCCGGAGGUGGGCGAUUGCUUCACUGAGGUGACUUACGUGGAGCUGGAGAAGGAGGAGGCCACCAAGGUGCUUGAGCUGUACAAGGAGGAGAGCAAGACCACACUGCCCCCAGAGAAGAAGGCUAACCCUGGAGCCACCUCUCCCAAGAAGGGGGGCCAGCCACGCAACCGGACAGGGAAGAACCGCGGAGGUGGCGGACCCGGAGGCCAACGAGGAGGCGGAGGCGGUGGCAGAGGCAGUUUCCAAAACCGAGGCAACUUCCGAGGAAUGCCAGGACCUCGUGGUGGUGGCGGCGGCUACUCUCGCCCACCUAGAGGCUUCUUGCCACCCCCAGUCUUCCGCGGGGGCUUCAACAACCGUGGCAACUUCAACCGGAGUGGUGGUGGUGGUGGUGGCGGCGGCGGUGGCAUGUCCAGUCGUGGUGGCGGAGGACCCAUUAGGAACAAAAUGGGAGGCAGCAGGGGCAGACCCAUGCAUCACGGCGGCCCAAUGAACCGAGGAGGAGGAGGAGGAGGUGGUGGAGGAGGAGGUGGUGGUGGCAGCAUGAGCCGGGGUGGAGGCGGACCCAACAGAGGAGGAAACUACAACCAGUUCCGGGGAAGGGGAGGCAACCAGCAUCAGCAUCAGCACCAGCACCAGCAUCAGCAUCAGCCUCAACAUCAGCAUCAGCAUCAGCCUCGUGGCAACAAGAAUGGCGGCAACUUUGGCAUGAACAAAGCCCAGGCCUUCAACCAGAGCUGGCAGCAAGGGUUUUGGAAUCAAAAGCCAUGGAGCCAGCAGUACCAGCCUGGAUAUUACUGAGGGCUUUCUCUGUUGGACUGGUUGCUUCAGUAGAAGUCUACCCACUCACCCAUGGAGAUUCCCUCCUUGCUCUUCAUCUCUCCAUUUAUUCCUUUCUCUUUAUAUCCCCCUUUUCCUUUCAUUUUAUAAGUCGGCUUUUAAAUUCAGUAGAACCCAUAAACAAAGGAGGGACACUCAUUCCACAACUGUCAGGAGGAGAGUCCGGGCUUCUCUCUCUCCCUCCAUCUCUUCUCCCCUUUAUCCCUCUCUCCCUCCAGAGCAGAAUGGUUUCACCUUUCCGUUUUAUUUUUGUACAUUUUAUUGGGAUGUUUUUGCUUUUUUUUUUUUGUUGUUAUUUUGUUUUAAAAGAAAACCCCACCCCUUUUAUCCAACGAGUCAUCCGGUCCCACAAUGUUCACUAUGGGUGUUUUGUGGGGGGGAGGGGGGGGGGGUGUAAUGCUUUGCAAGAAUUUCAGGGUUGUGCAUUUUAUGCUGUACUGUCAUUUUUAUGAAAUGUAAAUUAUUUUUCCCUUUUCAUAGUUAUCAGUAUUGUUCGCGUAAACCCCUUAUUUUUGAAACACUUAAAAUCCCCCUGAAGUUAAGCCCCCUUUUUUUAAGUGCAUGUUGCUGUUGUGAGUAAAUUUAAUUGGUAGUGAAUCAGCAGCUGAGUUUGCCCAUGUAACCGAUGAAGGUGUGCCCUGCAGAACUAGAUUGCUCCUUUUGUGUGCGAGUGUUUUUGAGAUAUUUGUUGGAAAAAAAAAAAAAAAAAAAAUUAUAAUAAUGUCAAGCCUGUUCUAGUUAAACUUCAUAGGUUUACAAUAAACGGGUUACUUGCUUUUUUACAAACUUGAAUGGCUGGUGACUGAUUUGAUUAUCUCUCUUUAACCAAUAAACUUCAAAGGUGCUAGUGAGCCUUUGAAGGAAAGCUAUACCGGUCCCACUCUUACCCUUAAUGGGACCUGCCAACAAUUUUGUCUUCCCGUUCUAAAACUACCAAGAGGGAGGACACAACCAAAUCAACCAGCUUUGAUCAAAGAGUGCGGAGAAGAAACGGGAAAAAUUAGUUUAUAUGAAUAGUGCUUGAUACAGGUGGCACAUUACUUUAACACAGAUCAUGUGAGACCUCCUACUGACGGUGUUUGAAAUUAAACUCUUUUCUAUGUCAUUUCUCAGGAGUUGUAAAUUGUACAUCUCGAUUUCAUUUAGAGCUCGGGUUUGAUAUUUAAAGAAAAAUUAAUUAGCAUUGUUUUCACAUUCAUAAUCUGAUUUGUUUCUUUAGCACACACUUGAAGGCAUUGCUCCGAGGUCAGCUGUAGAUAAGCUGGUAGUGUGGGCUGGCGGUGAUAAAAUUAAGAGGUUUAUCUCUAAAAGCAGCCAAAGUCACUUUGGGGAGCUUUGAUUUCAGAUAGCUAUGGCCAGUACGACCUGUGCCAAGUUGGGGCUUUAAAGUCGGCAGCACUCUGGGGGUAGAUCCUGGGAAGUGAGCGCAAACGUCGUCUAUUCCAUGCAAGAUUAGCCAAACACUCCUAAGGUUUUUGAGUGAACGAGUCCUGUUUGUUCUGACUAGUAUUGAUAUGUAUGAUGGUAUGACCUUUUUAAAUAGAAUGGAAAGUAUUUGCAUUUUUGACAUGGUCUGAUGAAGCUUCAUUAGAAUCAGCGUCAUUUGAUAUUUGCACAAAUGACUGAUGAAAUUAAUAGAUAUUUGUUAUUUAAUUCCAAAAUGUUAGGAACGUUUGUAAUUCAGGAUGCAUAACCACCCUCAUGUGGGUGCUGUCUGGCCCGUAAGGAAGCCAGUUUGUUUUGAUGGUAUGGCUAUUUGACUGCACUACAUUAUAAAAUAAGCAAGUUGGUAUCAGACGCUGUACUUGUUUCCAUUUAUAGAUAGAUUUUAGGGUGGCAUUGGACCUCCCUAGCCAUGGCAGCUAUUUUUAUACAGUAAUUAGAUGCCAGUCUUUAGAGAAACCUUGACAUUGGUUUGUCAAAUCCUCCUUUCAAAUGACAAAAUCCUUUCAGUAACUUCACAUACCUGUAGUUAUUUCUUUCCCGUCUUGCUUACUAAUUGCAAUGGUAUCCAUCCUGGUUAUUUUGUCAUUGCAAUGGCUCAGUUGUCACACAGCAUUAUAUUGCCUGCAUUACAUUAUAUUUACAUCACCUAUACUCUUUUUUUUAUACUGUAAUGCUCUUGUUCAAAGCGGCUUACAAAAGUAGCUGUUUACUACAUUGCCAUACUGGUGUGCUUGCGAUACACUCUGGAUACUAGGCUCAGAUUUGACUCGGUGGACAACUGAAUGUCUUUGAAGUGGACGUUGCAAUAUGUAGUGUUGCUCUUUAGAGUCAUCUCUGCUGUUCACAUUUACAACAAGUUUUGUGUUAUGUAUGCUUGCAAUUCAGUCGGUUAUUUGAGUUACCUUUGUAAGCUCCAACAUUCAGCUCAUCCAGAGUUGUUUUCCAUGGACAGUGGCUAUUAUUCAGAGAAUACUAUUGUAUAUGUUGAUGUGUGAUUGAUGCAUAUUUCUGUUACCACGUUAAACUAUAUCCCACUGGAAACCAGGACAAUGUUUCGCACAGGACACAAUAAACAGACGAUCUAA